AUGUCAUUUGCUCCAAAUACAUCUGGUGCUAGCAGUAGUAAUCUAUUUGCCCAAAACCCCCCUAAAGAUGGGCUCUUUGGGGGCUUUACUGCACAAAAUAACUCUACAACUUUUGGAUUAAAGACAACAACCUCUGGACCUACCCCAACGCCAACCGCAACUUCUACAAAUAUGGAGCCACCAAAGUUAUUUGGAGCUACCGCGUCUACAGAAAAAAAUACAGGCCCAUCAAACUCUCUAUUUGGUCAGAAAGCAGGGGCUACGAGCCUAUUCCCAAUGUCGAAUAAUAACAGUAGCCAGUUCAAUUUUGCUGGUCCAGUGGCGUCAGGUAAUGAUAAAAAUCCUACAACAUCUUCUGGCUCUCUUUUUACCGGCUCGCAAGCUCCCAGCUCACAGCUAUUUGGGACAUCUGCAGCAGGAGCAAUGACUCCAGCAAAAACAUUUUCAUUCGGCACGUCUACAACGCCUGCCGGCCCGCCUCCAAAAGAAAACGAAAUAAACUCUAAAAGUGGGAUGUUUGGUUCUGGAAAACCCCAAUCAGAAGGCUCGCUUUUCGGUGGUACCGGGUCUGGGAUGACUAACAUGUUUGGUAAAGGAAAUUCGACGUUAUUUAAUACUACUAGCUCUUCAGAAAAAACAAAUAUAUCCUCAAGCUCCCAGGCACCAAAUCUCUCGGUAGAUAAAUCAUCCACGACAGGAACUCCUAGCAUUUUUGAUGGGGCUACGUUAAGCGGGACUACAUCUGCUCUUGCACCUAAAACUGGAAAUAGUGAUAACACUGAAAAAUCUCAGAAUCCAAAACCAGCGAUAGGUUCAACAUUUACUCCUAUAUCUACCUCUGAACCUUCGUUCUCGAGUAAUUUGGCGUCGAAAUUGAGUGAGCCAACUACAACAGCUCCUGCUACGAUACCAAGCGCUUCAACCCCUCAAACUUCAAGCCAAGAUGCAGGAGCUACAAACCAGCCAAGUGCUGCUAAAGCCUCUACAGCAGCAUCAUCAAAUGUGCCGCCAUUUAGUACUUCCACUAUUGGCCCUACUCCACAGUUGACUCGCCUUAAGAACAAGACUAUGGAUGAGAUAAUCACUCGAUGGGCUUCCGAUUUAUCCAGCUACCAAAAAGAAUUUCACGAGCAGGCCGCCAAAGUUGCCGCCUGGGACAGGCUCAUGGUUGAAAAUGGGGAGAAAAUACAAAAGCUCUACCUGAGUACAUUCGAGGCUGAAAGGCAGAAUGCAGAGAUUGAGCGCCAACUUGAUAACGUCGAGAGUCAGCAGGAUGAGGUCGCAAGCUGGUUAGAAAAGUACGAAAAUGAGAUUGACGAAAUGUUGGCACGUCAAGUCGGACAAGGCGAAACUCUCCAAGGCCCAGACCAAGAACGAGAAAGGACUUACAAGCUCGCAGAAAAAUUGACUGAUCGGCUUGAUGAGAUGGGGAAAAAUCUAGCAGGGAUGAUUGAUGCAAUAAAUGAUGCCUCCAAUACACUAACUAAGACUGGAAAUGCAGAUGAUCCUCUUUCGUCAAUCGUCAGAGUACUUAACAACCAUCUAACCACUCUACAGUGGAUUGAUGAGAACGCAGAAGCCCUGAAAUCCAAAGUAGCAAACGCGCAGAGCAUUGGUCAAAGUAUCGGCUCCAAUAGUUAUGUAGGAUCAGGAUCCAUAUCUGCUGAUCACUUUUACCGUUCGAUGACGGGUCAAAAAUAA